AUGCCUAGCGGAGUUUGUGAAACAAGACUGCAACGCAGGGCUGCCAGGAGUGACAGGCACAAAUCCAAGGUCAGAACAUACACAUUGGUGGCUGCGCUCAUCGCCAGCGUCACCUUCGCUGCCACUUUUACAAUGCCGGGUGGGUACAAGAACGAUGGCCCAAAUCAAGGUUCUGCAUUGCUCAUGAAGCAUGCCGCAUUCAAAGCUUUCUUGCUUUCCAAUACAAUUGCAUUAUGUUGCUCACUCCUCGUCGUGGUGGGCUUCAUCUGGGCAUGGUCCCAGCACAAGAUGUUCUUAUUUAGUGUACUUACGUGGGGCCAUCAGCUCACGGUCAUCGCAUUCCUGGCGAUGUUGGUUUCGUUCAUGACAGCCGUCUAUGCAGUGGUUGCAUCAGAAUGCAGGUGGCUAGCCAUUGUGAUCUUAGCCAUUGGUGUUGCUACGCCAUUCUAUCUCUUCAUCUCGUUUUCUCAGUUAUACAGUAUCUUUUACAAGGCGUUUAUUGGGUAUAAAAGAUCAGUGGCCCAUAUUAGGAAGCCAGUUUGAUGCACGUGAUUGCAUCGAUGAUGUAAUCCCACUAUUUGGUAACCAAACUGUCCUAAAAAGUAACUAGAAUUUUGAGUUG